AUGGAACGUUUGUGCGCGGAACGAGCGCAACUUAGAAGAUUCUUCACGAUUGCCGCGAAUGGUUGUGAAGAAACCUUUGGAAAACCUGAGGCAACCGUCGAGGAGGUAACUGUUGCUUUUAUUAAGCUUACCGACAAGGCUGAUAGGCUUUUUCUUCUCGAUGAUAAAGUAAAAGAAAUUAUGUUCGAGUCAUUGGAUCAGGUCAAAGAAGAAGAUUUAGGUAAGGAGUUUGAAACUGUGGAGAAGUGCAGGGACACCUGGCUAACUUUGAGUGCUAGAAAGAAUGAGUUACUGGAAAAAGUCAAGGCCAACACAGCGUGUCCUACCGAAGUUUCUGCUGCUGCUCCUAGUGAUAACCUCACCCUCAAAUUACCUAAGUUGGAUCUCCCAAAAUUCGACAUCACGCCUAAAACAUGGAUCAGUUUUUGGGCAUAUUUCAAGAAAAUCCAUGAAAGAGAGGACCUGCCUUCUGAGGAUAAGUUCUUGAUUUUGUUGCGUAUUGCCAAGGAUGGUACCCAAGCAAAGGAACUGUUGAGUAGCUAUCCUGCAUCGGGGGCCAAUUAUCCGAAGGCUUUUGGCCAACUGAAAAACUGUUUUGGCCGUGAUGAAUUGCUGAUUGAGUUGUAUGUUAGGGAGCUUCUCUCAUUGGUCUUGGUACAGGCAUCGGGCAAAGUUUCUUUGACUCUCGCACAGCUUCAUGACAAGCUAGAAACCCAGCUAAUGGCCUUGGAGAGUUUGGGAGUUACAUCAGAAAAAUACGCGUGCAUGCUCGCGCCUUUAAUUGAAUCCGCACUUCCUGAGUCAAUUUUGCGAGAUUUUCUGAAGAGAGAGGUUGAAAGCGAGGAGCGGUUUCUGCUAGCUAGGAGCACGUUUUCUGUCCCCAGCGCUGCACCAAAGAGCAGUGCUGGGAAUGUCAAGUCCUCGACUGGAAAGUACACCACAGCUGCUGACCUAGUUGGUAUUGAGUCCACUGAAGGCACUGAAGAUGUCAGUUGCAUUUUUUGCAAAAAUUCUCACAAUACCGAAUUGUGUUCAGAGGCGAGGGACAAGAGCAAAGAGGAGAAAAUUAAGCUCCUCAAAGCUAAAAACCGCUGUUUUAAGUGUCUGAAAAAAUUCCACGGGAAACGGCCUUGUAAGGAAAAGCUGUGUUGCCCAAUUUCUCGUAACCGGAAUUCAACGUCUAUUGAAAUUAGUAAGGCAACGAAGAAAGAAAACGAUGUAGAGCACAACUAUGCUAGUAUCCAGAGUGCACCAGUUUUGAUGCAAACGUUGAGGGUUCGUUUGAAAGGAGAAAAUCCUGUCACCACCAGGUUGUUGAUUGACACAGGUUCUCAAAGAAGUUAUAUAACUCAAGCGCUGGCUACCAGAAUGCGCUAUGAGCCGAUCCGCUCUGAGAACUUGGUUCAUGCAUUGUUUGGUGGGAGCAAGACUGAACCCAAGACGCAUCAAUGCUAUAAGAUCCGUCUGCAAAGUUUGAUGAGUGCGUUUUCCUGCAACUUUGAAGUUCUUGACUCGGAACAGAUUUGUCACGCCAUUCCCUCCAUUCCUAAAGGUCUAUGGGUAUCUGAACUUCGCGAGAAGAAAAUCGAGUUGACUGACGACAGAGAGGGCCCAAUUGGCAUUCUUGUUGGAGCGGACGUCGCGGGAAAGCUACUCACCGGGAGGCGCGAGGUAUUAAGCUGUGGUUUGGUUGCUAUCGAAACUAGCCUAGGUUGGACCAUAAUGGGCCGCGUUAAGGACGCUGAGACAAGUUGUAUGGUUAACAUCAGUUUGCGCUGCGCCCAGGAGUUCGACCCUUCUGAUAUGUGGAGGUUGGAUGUGUUGGGCAUCGAGGACCCCGCUUUGGUUAGUACCAAAGAAAGGGGCAAAAACGGUUGUGCGUCGGCACUUCUUGGAAACAGUUAA